AUGGAGAAGAGGACAUACACUGUGGAGUGGCUAUCUGAGAGCAGUAAGAAAAGCUGCACUCACCCUAAUGUGGCUUUUAAACAACACAAACUGGCCCCUGGUUCCCAGUUCAAGGACAGAGACAAUGUUGCUAUGUCUACGGGUGGGCAGAACUAUAUACCCAACAUUGGUUACAGAAGAAAGGACAACUAUGGUGUCAAGAAACUGCUUGUUGACGACAGGGCUGCCGCACCGCUGUCACUUAAGCAGAUAUCACAAGGUAUUUAUUUAUUGUUGCUAUUAUUUUUAUUUCAGAAAAAAAACAAAACAAUUUUUUUCAUGCCUGCACCUAUGGCUACAGUAAAUCAAUGUAUACACCUAGGGGGGCAUAUUUGUCUGUGUAGCUAAAAUGGACUUAAGACAGACAGCAUUUCACAGAACUCAUGGAGAGAUAUAAAGGCUGUAUAUUUAGUCAAACUUUGUUUUAUGACUGAUGAAUGUCUAGGGUGUGUUUUAUUUAUAUAUUUAUAUACACACACGCACACACACACACACGGUAAAUAAUUUAUAUAACAAUGUUUGACUAAAUGCAUAGCCCUGUUGCAACGUUUCUAUAUUAUAUAUAUAUUAGUAUUUUUACUUUUUGUUUGGUUAACUGUAAAUACAUGAUUUUAGACUUUCUAAAUUUCCAUGAAAAUAAUAUCUUUUGUAUUUUAGUAACUUUUUACAAUGUAUUUAUUAAACAGUGAACUCUACAGAAGUGGAAACUGAUUUUGUUGCAAAAAAUAUCCAAUUUAGAUAUUUUUUUUAUAGAAAGGUGUGCAACUCAGUUUUUACUUUACUGUUUAGUGUAUAAACCCCUCUAGGAGUAGUAGAAAUGAGUUGAUCAGUCCCUCCAGUAUGGAUAUGGUUAAAGGUGGAGCUGAACUGUACAGUAUCUGUUAGAAUCUGUAGAAUGAAUGAAACACAAACUAAAAUGAUUCUGUACAAUGCCCUAAUCUGGAGAUGUCAAACAGCAGAUUAGAUUGUGUUUAGAACCAAUAUAUUGGAAAUAGGGACAUCUGUGGGACAAAAAUGUAUUGCAUAAGUAAAGAAGUGAUCUUAUUUAAAAAAAAAAGGAAUAUAUAUAUAUAUAUGGAAAAGGGGAAAAAAUUCUAAAGCUAGUUGGAAAACUAGCAAUUUUUUUCUUCAAAACUCUCUCAUCACUAAAAUCAAAUUGUCACGAAUUCAAAGUGAAUUUCAAAAUUUAGGGCAAAACAGUGAAAUUAAAGCCAUAGCUGAUUUUUAAGCUACUUGGCCUAUAAUUAGAAGUUCAAGUUGAGUUUCAGACUUUUGACACUUUAGUAAAUAAAUUGGUCAGGAUUAUUCACUGAAUUGUAGCAAACUGAAAUUGAAUGGUGGAUGUAAGGCUAAUAUAAUGGAUUGAGGAAAAAGAUAAUUAUCUGGUCUAAUCAAGACUUGUCUGUUUUAGCCUACAUUUUGCUAACUAAAUGUUUCUGGUCAGAUGUCAGCACCCAGGAUGUGUUAUGAAUUCAUACAGUUAUUCGCUAUUGUGUGAACUGUCACAAAUUAGUGAUGUCCCGAACGGUUCGCCACGGACUCCAGUCAGCAGACACAUUUCAGCCAAUCAGCAGCAGACCCUCCCUCCCAGACUCUUCCACCUCCUGGACAUCUCACUAAGAAUGCAGCUUCACAAUGGAUGCUGUCCAGGAGGUGGGAGGGUCUGGGAGGGAGGGUCUGUUGCUGAUUGGCUGGAAUGUGUCUGCUGACUGGAGCCCGCGGUGAACCGUUCGGGGACAUCACUAUCACAAAUUAACACUGCAUUAAAAGUAAAUAUUAAAGUGUAUUGAAUUGAAAAUCAUAUUGCGAAAUGUAGGAAAAAGGCGCUAGUUUUCAUAAUUUAAUACAAUGUUUUAAUAUUUUAAACAACGUGUUUACAUUACCCAUUUGCAAGCAGUAAGGUUCUAGAAUGGCAGUUUUAUAGUGGAUUCCAAUGGUUGUCAUUACAACCAUUACUGACGCCAUUUCUUCUUACACAGUUAUGGCUCUAAAUUUUUGUAUAUUAAAUGGUGAUUUCGUUUUUUUGGGGGGGUUAUGGAGGAGGGGCAGGUAAACUGAUUAUCUUGUGCUUCACUUAAAAGAUAUGUUUGUUCACUAAACUUAAAUGUAGAGAAAACCGAAAUUGAUCAAUUUAGGCAGAAAUAGUAAAUAUGGAAACAUUUUGUAACUUGUCUAUAGUCACAGCCUAUCAGGCUGAAAUAAAAUAUUUAGCGUGAUAUCCUGUGACUAUAGCCAAGUUAAAGAAUGUUACUAAAUUGUUUCAUCUAUAAGGUUAUUCAUUAAACUCCAAAUUGUAUCAAACUAAAAUUCAAAUUGCAAAAUUUAGAUUAAACAACUUCUCCAACUGUUAGUCUAAAAUUUGCAAUAUAUGUUUUUGAAUUCACUAUAAUUCAGAAUUUAGUAAAUGUAUAGAUUGGUCAUCAGCACCUCAAUGGUCAUUGAUAAGUUGUUUCAUUUGUUUGGUCUGAAUUGUUUUACAGAACUCCCUGCGUUAAGGGAAGUGUCUGCCACCAGAUCCAGCCCUUUAAAGGAUGAUGAUGUCUGCUCGGAUGUUGACAGUUUAAAAAGCACAGAGUCCACAGCAUCAGAGGAUGAUGCAUCUUCCUCCAGACCUCGAACAAAGUUUACAGAGGAGCAACUUCAGGAGCUAGAAAAGAGCUUCUUGGAAAAUCGAUACAUUGGAGCCAGUGAGAAGAAGCGGCUGUCCAGGGUCCUGAAACUGUCAGAGACACAGGUAGGUGUAGAGCUGGUCUCGAUUUUUUAUUUGCUUGAGAAUGAGAUGUCCUGAGCUGGAGCAAUAUGAUUGCGUAAUAUCAAUAUUCUUCACAUUUUGUCUAGGUGGACUACAAAGAAAGUUAUGAUAGAUAUUCCAGUUUCUUAUAAUCACAUAAUGUUAAUAAAUUAACUCUGAAUUGUAACAAGUUAAAAUUCAGGCUAAAAAUAGCCAAGUUGAGAGUAGGGUAAUUUGUCCAAAAAGAUGUUUUAGCUUUAAUUUAGCCAUUUCAAGGUGAAAGGGAUUCUACAGUGCCAGGAAAACAGAUUUCCUGGCACUGCAGGACCCUCUAGUGCCCCUCUACCUCCUACAUCUCAUCCCAAGUUGCUGAAGGGGUUAAAACCCCUUCAGUGACUUACCGGAGUCCAGCGCCGAUGUUCCUCGGCGAUGGGUCAGGCUCCGCCUAUGCUCCUCCCCCGCCAACAUCAGCUGGCGGGGGAGACCUACUGCACAUGCUCGGCCAUCGGUAGAGACCUAAUGCGCAUGUGCGGCAAUGGCUGCGCACACGCAUUAGACCUCCCCCAUAGGAAAGCAUUGAAUAAUUUCAGUAAUGGAUUUCACCGAUGCUAGAGGUCCACACAUAGUGUGAGCACGUCCAGCGUUGCUUUAAACCACUUAUCGUGUUCUAUGAACACGGAUGUGUCCUCUAGUGGCUGUCUAGUAGCUGUCUAGUAGACAGCCACUAGAGGAGGAGUUAACCCUGCAAGGUAAAUAUUGCAGUUUAGAAAAAACUGCAAUAAUUACAAUGGCAGGGUUAAGAGUAGUGGGAGUUGGAACCCAGACCACUCCAAUGGGCAGAAGUGGUCUGGGUGCCUGAAGUAUCCUUUUCAUUUGCUACAAUUUGAAUUUAGUAAAAAAAAAAAAAUGUACAUUACUUUAAUUAGCUCCUAUUCCCCCAUCCUUAAAUCAGGGUCCUAAAAAGGACACUAUAAUCACCAAAACUAGGACAGCUACCACAGCCACUCAGAGAAAAGGCAGUGUUUCUAUUACUGCCUAGGAACAGCUCUUGCAGAAUUCAUGCAGAUGGCCUCUAAAAAAGUGUUUCCUAGUCCAUUGUUGCACAGUGCUCUGCAUUGAGACGCUGAAUGUUCCCCAUAGAGAUGCAUUGAUUCAAUUCAUCUCUAUGAGUAGAUGCUGAUUGGUCAUCUCAAUAUAUUGUCAGACAUGUAAUGAUACAUAUUUGUAUCAUUAAGCAUGAUGAUCAUGCAUGAUGCUGCACAGGAACAAUUAAACAGUAUAACAGUUUUAAUCACAGAAAAGUUAACAAGGAAUUGGCAACGUAACUUCACAGUGGUUAGCCCUUAACCCCUUAAGGACACAUGACGUGUGACAUGUCAUGAUUCCCUUUUAUUCCAGAAGUUUGGUCCUUAAGGGGUAAAAGAUGCUAUCUGCAAACGCAUUAAGAACACAAACCUGUAUUCAAAAAGCUAUAGUUUCUCUGUCCCUAUCUAGUUUGAUUGACACCCCAUUCUCCCGUUUGACAUAAAACUUGUAUUUAUUUUAAACUUACGUUUUCACAGUGCCGAGACUCCCUCGGCACUGCUCACCUCUCCUAAUCCAGCAGCGUCAUCAAGGCGGCAAUGGUCCAAUCCAAAGUUCCUCCUAGAGGAGCCUUGUGCACCUGAUGUGCUUGCAGAAGCACCUCUAGUGGCGGUCAGUGUAACAACUUUAACAUGAACAAAAUGCUAAUAAAAUAUUUAUUGUGCUUUCAGAUUAAAACAUGGUUUCAGAACCGGAGGAUGAAAUAUAAGCGACAAAAACAAGAUGCCCGAGUGGACGCCAUUUUUUCCAGACUUUACUUUCCGUACUACGGCUAUCCAGACAUACAAACCCAAAGCUGCUCUCUACAGCCAGAUGUUGCAAUGCCUGUACCUCUUGCACCUCUCCCACCACAACCGGCAACUCUACCUUACAGUCCAAUGCACGCAGCCAUUAGAGCAGGCCUACCAGGACAUCACCCCCCAACCAACAUACUGCCCCCCACUAACUUCAGGCCCUGCCCCCUGCCCUCGAUGUACCUUCGACCAAUGCUCAAUGAAGGAGGUGGAGUGAGAUACAGCCAGUACUAA